GAUGGGAUAAAUAAAUUGAUGCAACCAAGCAGAUCCCCAGGUCUUGAGCGUAGGACAGUCUGCUUUGGUCACAGGAGCACUCCAUCAAACUGAUCAACAUGGAUGCAGCGGUCAACUACUGUGUGGGACUCCUCAGUCUUCUUCUGCUGCAAGGAGCCCUGCAUGUGGAAGGAAGGAGCAUUUUGAACUCGGAAAGUGGUUAUUUCAACACAAAUGAGGACAUAAAUGCUCAAAACAAAAUUCUAGCCCUUUUACUGCACAAAAGCAUAGCUUCUGCUGAAAAGAAAGACCAUCUCGCUAUACUGGCCAACAAAUUUGCAGAGUUGGAAGAGUUACGUUCACUUCAGAAUGGUCUGGAAGACAGAGAGGUUAUGAUCAAACUGGCUCAAGAGAGACCCAUAGAAAAAAAGAGGGCGGAACCUUGUUUCUGGAAGUACUGUGUGUGAGACUACAUCACAUGCCAGGAAUGAAAGUAUUGGGCACUGGGAACAUUUGCUGCCGAGCACAACAUAGCCUUAAAGACCACAACACCUGUAUUUAUUUUAGCAAUAGUAAAAAUGUACCAUAUCAAUGUAAAAAU